AUGAUAUUGACACCUGCAGAUGCCAUGCCAUGGGUGGGAUUGUAUAUUGCCUUAGCAUCACUGAUUUGCACUCUAGCAAUGGCAGCCGAUCUCUUCCGAGGCUUUCGACAACGGAAGCUCUGGUUUCCAUGCAGAUUUUUCACCAUCAACUCUACUUCCAUUACACUGAUAACAAUAUCAACGAAGAUACCAGUGGAUCUGAGCACCGACAUAUCUGACAGUCUUGUGCAGGUGGCAAAGUUAAUCAGCAUUGCUUUCUUGGUCACCAUGUUAGCCAACGUUCUCCCAUCUCUAGGGCUUAUGAAUGACAAGGAACUUUUGCUGAACACCGUGGCCUUGUGUAUCCUCAUAUACACCAUUAAUGUAAAUAUGUGGAUCCAAAUUAUAAGUUUGAGAAUCGGGACAGCAAUCCUUUUAUUGAUUCUUUUAAUUCCAUGGCCAAUUUCAGUAGCCUUGACAGUUUCAGCAUCCAGAAGAGUUUUACAACAACGUUACAAGGAGUUGCACAGUUUGGCUUCUAAUCAUCAAGAGAUGAAGAACUUCUCCAACAAGCGACUCAUUUGUUAUGUUAAAAAGUAUUGGAUGAUGGCAGAAACUGGUAACCCCCAAUUUGGAAUUGCUUGUUCACCGGUUUCUUCUGCUUUUGGGGUUUUAUGCGCAAGCCUUGCAUUAAGUUUACUUACUUUUUUUCUUUCUGAUAUAUCAGAUGAGCCACAGAAUGAUAAAUCUGAUUAUAAGUGGUCAAUCGAUGUGAUUAUUAUCUUACAGUUAAUAGGAACAAUAGUAGGUAGUAUAGCCCCAAUUUUCAGAUGUUUGACUGCCACCAGUCAUUUCAACCUUUCCAUGAAAUGGAGCAUUCACCAUCUAAACGUAUUCAGAGUCGAGAAGCAUUGGAUACAAUGGCUUCAGCUGUGGAAAAGCAGCUCUGUUCCUAUGUAUAUCCCAGGCCGAUAUUCCAAAAAGGUUUUCCAUAAAAUCCGAAAUAUGAUUUUGAAUUUAUGUAUAGCACUUCAGAUAACGAUUGUAGUUGUAUGUAAAACAAUAUGUCUGGUUCCCAUAUCUUUUCUGAUCUUAUUCUCUUAUUGUUACCGCUUUGCCAAGUUUUCCUUGAACUGGUUCAAGGAAGAACUAAAUGCAUCUAAUAGCAAUGUGAUAUCCGAUAUGGAAGAAUAUACUGGUUACGUCUUGCAAAUCGAACAGGAUGCGAAGCUUUCAAAGAGAAUAUUACGAAAUGCGCUCAACUCUAUAACUCGACUUCUUCACGAGUCUGAAGGUAAAGAGCCGAGGAAUCUUAUGAAGCUUCUCGAGAAAUCUACAGGAUUCAAUGGAGUAAUAGAGUUCGACAGCGAUCGAGUUCCACCUUUACAUCCAGAAGAAAUCCAGAACUGCUGGAGCCUAGUAACAGUAACAUUAACAGCCAUUGCGCUUUCUCUUCCUAACAUUGCAAACAGCCACAUCCAGGGAUUGCUUGACUGCAUGAGGGAAGGCCUCCAAAUUGUAAGAUAUAUUGAAGAAAGCCUCAAUACAAAUGGUGAUUUGGUGAAGACAAGAAAAUCAGCUAGACAUGUGUGGAUGGAUGUUGAACUAUAUUGCAGGUGGCUACAAUUUGAUCUUCAAAAGAAGGCCCGUCAUGGAAAAACGUCAGAGGAGAUUCUUCAAUGGCUUGGUGAUGAAGCAGUAAAAUUUGUUAUACAGUUCAAGGCAAGGAAAAAUGUAAGUCUGGAUGACUCACUUUGUAAGUUCACUGCUGCGAGUUCAAUGUACAGAAUUAGUCAAUCCAUACUGCUUCACUGCAAUGAGCAAGAAAAUUGGCCAACAGAUGAGGAACUGUUUGAGUUUAUAUCUACCAUAAUCGCAGAUCUGCUAUGUGCUUGCUUUACCAACUUGCCACGUGUCAUAACCAUGAACUGUCAUGAUGACGCGAUAGAGAAAAGGGAAGAUAACAUCAGAACUGCAGCUCAGCUUCUUGGUAGAUCCAAAAAAAUCUUGAAAAUUCUCAAAGCACGCCAACUUCCCAACUUAGACUUGGAAUCGAUGGGGUACAUUGAUAAGUGGCAUGCAAUACCAAAGACUGAGAUAUACAAUGGUUGUUCUUCGACCAAGAUUCAUUCAGCUUCUUCAAGUUCUAAUGAAUCUUUGGUUGAGGUGGCAGUGAAGGUUGAGUUUCCGAAACAAAAUCCGGAGAAUGAGGAGGUUAUGAUGUUGUUGAUGGAAUUGUUGGAAAGCUUGAUAUUGUUUGAAGGCCAAGAAAGUUUGAUAUUGUUGUUGGCAAAGUGUUUUUUGUUGGAUAUGGGAACCGGUUUGAAGCAAAUUGACAAAACCACAUUGAGUUAG